AUGAGCGAGAGUCUCAGCCCAACACAGGCGCGCAGUGUCGACGUGCUCGCGCGGGCCAAGCUGCUGCUCCAGACAACGGCAACGCCGCGCAACACGCCGCCGCCUUCGCACCUGCCGCCGUCGUCGCCGGCUGUGGCGGGUGCUCUGGCCUCGGCUGCCGCCGCCAGCGGCGCUCCGCUUGGCCGUCGCAACUCGGUCCUGGCUCGUAUGGAGCUCGAGCCGCUGCCACAGGACGCGCUCAAGGCCUCGCGCUUCUUGGCCAUGGCGACACUCUCGUCGCCGCCCGCCCGCCGCCACGCUGCUGCCGCCGCUGCUGCCGCUGCUACCACUGCUGCCGCACCCACUCCCGCAUCCGUCACGUCCUCACCCGAGUCGGCCACCCCAGGCUUUGAUCACGCACUGGAUCUGUCGACAGACACGCCCGGCGCGCGGCUGGAGGAGACCCGGUCUGGCGGCGGCCCGCUGACGCCGGCCACCCAGGAGGUCCUGGCCCGCGCUACUCGCGCCAUCCACGGCCCGCCGGCGUUGCCGGCAGCGCAGGAUCAGCGCUGGGCAAAGUCAUACUCGCCGCGCUCGCCGCGCUCGCCACGGUCGCCACGGACGUCGACGCCGCUGCGGUUUGGGGCAGCGUCGCCUAUUCUGCCAGCUAGCACGAGCCCAAGUGGGCGGCGGACGGCGUCGCGGUCGCUGGCGAUGAUGACCUCAAUCCGUGCUGGCGAGCGCGCAGCCAAGCACGGGCCCGAGUAUGCUGAGCUUUCGCGGCGACUUGCGGCGGCCGAGAAGCAGCUGAGCAUCAACAAGGAACAGUUCCACCAGGUCCAGGACACGCUGCAGUCAUCGAUGGUCUCGCUCGGCAGUCUGCAGUCCAAGGCCGAGCUGCAUGCCUCACGCCGGCGUGGGCUUGAGCUUGAUUCGUCGGCCGGACCGCUCACCGCCUCAUCGCUUGAGCGCGACGCACCGGCAAGCAUCGCUGCCGACACCGAGGCGGUCUCCGAACCGUCGCUUGCCGAAGUGCUCGCCGAGCUACAGGCGACGCAGGCGCUGGUUCUCGAGCAGCAGACCGCGCUGGCUGCAGCGCUGGCCAAGAUCGAUAAGCUCAGCUCGCGGGUGCAAGGAAUGACAAGCAACGGAUCCGCGAAUGGGCAGUAAAGCCAGCGUGGUUUGGUG